UUUCCCCUUUUGUUCAGCAGAUCAUUGAUCAUGAAAAAACUCGCAGCAGCAGAUCACAAAAAGUUCGACAGAUACAGAUUCCUGAAGCUUGCUCUGCUCAUCGUGACUUGCUGCACUGUUCUCUCUCUUGUUUUAUCGCCAACGAUCCAAGAAAGACCACCCUCCUCGAAUUCUGCAUCAAGGUUCAGAUUUGGAAGAAGUUUAGAUCGUCGAUAUGUGUCGCAUUUGGAAGUCAACUGGGUUCGAGUAUCUGAUAUGGUCGACGGCACGAAUCUAAGGAUUGGAUUGCUGAAUUUCAACUCCACUGAGGUGGGAUUCUGGCGGCGGACUCUACCUGGAGCGGAGGUUUCUCUGGUUGUCCUGGAGUAUGCUCCGGCGAGCAUCGGCUGGGAGAUUCUCUACCCGGAGUGGAUCGACGAGGAGAGGGAAUACGGAGAGCCGUCUUGCCCGUCGUUUCCAUUGCCGCGGUCGGAGGAAGCGUCAAAAUUCGAUCUUGUCGCCGUCAAGCUGCCCUGCGACAGGUCCGGCGGUCAGUGGUCGCGGAACGUAGCGAGGUUGCACCUCCAGCUCGCUGCGGCGAGGGUCGCGGCGGACUCUGCCGGGGCUCGUGCCCGUGUGCUCAUCGUCAGCGAUUGCUUGCCGAUUCCGAAUCUCUUCGGAUGCGGCGAUCUCGUGGAACGGAUAGGGAAUCUUUGGCUUUAUGAGGUUGGGACGGCGGCGCUGGAAGAGAAGCUCCGGCUUCCGGUCGGGUCCUGCGAGCUCGCCGUCCCUUUUGAAGCAGAAGUGAGACCGUACACCGAGUUCCGACGCCGGCGAGAAGCCUACGUGACCAUACUCCACUCGUCGGAGCAAUACGUUUGCGGAGCCAUCGCCGCCGCGAAAAGCAUCCGGUUGUCAGGGUCGUCGCGCGACCUCGUCGCCCUCGUCGACGAGACGAUCGGCGAGGAGUCCAGGCGCGGCCUCACUGGCGCCGGGUGGAAGGUCCGCAAUAUCCGUCGAAUCCGUAACCCGAAGGCGAAGCGCGACGCCUACAACGAGUGGAACUACAGCAAGUUCCGGCUGUGGCAGCUCGCCGACGACUACGACAAGGUCGUCUUCCUCGACGCCGACCUCCUCGUCCUCCGCAACGUUGACUUCCUGUUCUCUCUGCCGGAGCUCAGCGCCGUUGGCAACGACGCGACCCUAUUCAACUCCGGCGUCAUGGUGAUUGAACCAUCGGAGUGCACGUUCCGGUUGCUGAUGGAUCACGUUGACGAGAUCACGUCGUACAAUGGAGGAGAUCAGGGGUACUUGAACGAGAUCUUCACGUGGUGGCACCGACUGCCGAAGAACGUCAAUUACCUGAAGCACUUCGCCGGCGAGGAACAGAGGAGGGCGAAGAAGGAGAGGCUGUUCGCGGCAGAGCCGUCGGCGAUCUACGUGGCGCACUACCUGGGGCUCAAACCCUGGCUGUGCUUCCGGGACUACGACUGCAACUGGAACGUGAAGAACUUCCGGGGGUUUGCCAGCGACGCAGCUCACGGGAAGUGGUGGAGGGUGCACGACGAGCUGCCGGAGAACCUAAGUCGGUUCUGCCUCCUUCCGACGAAGGCGAAGGCAUCCCUGGAGUACAGUCGGCGGCAGGCGGAGGCUGAGGGGUUCGCUGAUGGGCACUGGCGGAGGAACAUCACCGAUCCGAGGUUGGCAGUGUGCUCCGAGGCGUUCUGCAACUGGGAGAGCAUGCUGGCGCACUGGGUGAAGAACAGUUCGCCGGCGGCCGGCGGCCGGAACCGCACUGCGGCUCGGCAGAGCUCGUGA